AUGUAUCAACGCUUAGGAACGACUUUGAUGCUGUUGGUAUUCUACCUAAGUUGGGAACACUAUGAAAGUUUCGAACAUGUAGAUCACUGUCCUGAGACCAUGUGCAAAUGUUAUCCUAAAGCGAUGCUGGUUAACUGUACUGGAAGUGCUGUGUAUUAUGUUCCGGUUUUCCCGGCGUAUACACGAACUGUAAUAUUUACAAAGACAAACUUUCCGAAAAUAACGGGGAAGUUUUUGUUCAAUCUGACCUUAGUCCAAGUGGAAAGAUUACAUUUCAUCGAUACUUUGACUAACAUGAUAGACCCGGAUGCAUUCACCAAUCUAACGAACAUGUUUACCUUGGAGAUCAGCAGAAAUGGCGACAUACGGCAGAAUGUAAUAUCAAACAUUCUACAGUAUUCGCCUAGAAUACAAAUUCUUUCGUUAAAAUCCAAUCUCUGGAAGACCAUUCGGAAAGACAUAUUCUCGGAAGUACAUAAUUCCUCAAUUCAAACGUUGUCCUUCAGUGACAAUUUAAUCGAGAAUAUAUAUGGAAGUUAUUUCUCUAGUUUACAUUUUCUGCGAAAUUUGGAUUUAUCGAACAAUCUUAUCUCGAACUUCAAUUGCACCGGAUUUGAGUCUACUUCAAUAUCCGAUAUAAAUCUGGAAAACAAUGCCAUGCGAGAGUUACCAUCUUUUUGUGGACCGACUGGACAGUCUACAGUAAAAAACAAGACACUUGUCUUUCGUCAAAAUUACCUCCAUAAUCUGGAUGAAUAUUCUUUUCAGUGUUUACCAUUUUUGCGAAAUCUAUAUCUUGAUAAGACUUCUCUCGUAACUUUACGCAAUAACACAUUUACACGGUUACCAAAACUGGAAAAACUUUCAAUGACUUCCAACGGUGAUCAUUUACGUACCAUUGAAGGAUUUGCAUUCAACUCUUCAAGUCUUAAAAAAUUGUACUUUGGACAAAAUCGCUACAGAUUUGAAAAGGUCUCUUGGCUAUAUGGGAAGUUGUUUCAUUCCUUACCGAACCUCUUGUUGCUUGAUCUCACAGGAAAUUUCUUACCUUCGGAUUCCCAAUCUCUUCGGGAAUUGUUUACACCAUUGGUUAAGUUAGAGAAGCUUAUACUACAGAACACUGCCUUAAAAGCACUUCCUCGCAACGUCUUUCAGCAAAUGCCUAAUUUGAGAUCUUUGAUCCUUAUCGGGAACUACAUAAGUGGUUGGAACAACGACCCUGAAGUGUUUGGUAACGUAACAUCACUACGAAGCUUAUACCUUGACGGAAAUAACAUAAAAGUCGUAAAUAAGACGUCAUUUCAGGAAGGUUUCCUAAAUUCGUUAGAUAAAUUUUGUAGCACUGAUAACCCCUUUUCAUGCACGUGCGAUUUGAUGUGGUUCCUUGACUGGAUGAAAUCCACAAAACAUACGGAAAUUGUCAACUAUCCUCGGAGAUAUACUUGUAGAUUUCCUCCUGAAAUGAACAACGUGCUGUUGAAGAAUUACAAUCCUACUGUGGAAACGUGUUCACGUUUGAAUUUUCCACUCAUCAGAAACAUCUGUAUCGCUGUCAUUCUUAUCGCUAUAUCACUCGCCUAUAAAUUUCGUUUCCGACUAAACUACUGGCUUCACAUUCUUGGAAUAAAGAGAGUUGGUUACAAACGAAUUAAGGAUGACCGGGACUACGAAUACGAUGCUUUCGUUAUCUAUUCAAAUGACAACAGGGACUUUAUUUUCGAUCACAUGAUCCCAGAAUUGGAGGAGAAAGCUGGUUGUAGGCUAUGCGUACAUGAAAGAGAUUUCGAGGUAGGGCGGUUCAUUCUGGACAAUAUAACGAGAAAAUUUGAGGUCAGUAAAAACAUCAUUCUUGUCUUGUCCAGAGAUUUCCUAAACAGCAAAUGGUGUAAGUUCGAACUUGUGUUGACUCAGUCGAAAACUGCAUUGGAGGGCCCCGGGGUGUUAACGGUGAUAUUACUUGAGGAACUAGACACUGCUGUAUUACCUUCCUCUGUUCGGGCUAUCCUGGACACCGUCACAUACACUGAAUGGUCGCAAGAGAACGUUAGGCAGAGCAGAAUAUGGGCCAAAGUGAUAACUGCAUUGAAUACAAACGGUUUAAGUGGUACCACCCAUAUUGUCAUUACCAUGUAUCAACGCUUAGGAACGACUUUGAUGCUGUUGGUAUUCUACCUAAGUUGGGAACACUAUGAAAGUUUCGAACAUGUAGAUCACUGUCCUGAGACCAUGUGCAAAUGUUAUCCUAAAGCGAUGCUGGUUAACUGUACUGGAAGUGCUGUGUAUUAUGUUCCGGUUUUCCCGGCGUAUACACGAACUGUAAUAUUUACAAAGACAAACUUUCCGAAAAUAACGGGGAAGUUUUUGUUCAAUCUGACCUUAGUCCAAGUGGAAAGAUUACAUUUCAUCGAUACUUUGACUAACAUGAUAGACCCGGAUGCAUUCACCAAUCUAACGAACAUGUUUACCUUGGAGAUCAGCAGAAAUGGCGACAUACGGCAGAAUGUAAUAUCAAACAUUCUACAUUAUUCGCCUAGAAUACAAAUUCUUUCGUUAAAAUCCAAUCUCUGGAAGACCAUUCGGAAAGACAUAUUCUCGGAAGUACAUAAUUCCUCAAUUCAAACGUUGUCCUUCAGUGACAAUUUAAUCGAGAAUAUAUAUGGAAGUUAUUUCUCUAGUUUACAUUUUCUGCGAAAUUUGGAUUUAUCGAACAAUCUUAUCUCGAACUUCAAUUGCACCGGAUUUGAGUCUACUUCAAUAUCCUAUAUACACCUGGCAAACAAUGCCAUGCGAGAGUUACCAUCUUUUUGUGGACCGACUGGACAGUCUACAGUAAAAAUCAAGACACUUGUCUUUCGUCAAAAUUACCUCCAUAAUCUGGAUGAAUAUUCUUUUCAGUGUUUACCAUUUUUGCGAAAUCUAUAUCUUGAUAAGACUUCUCUCGUAACUUUACGCAAUAACACAUUUACACGGUUACCAAAACUGGAAAAACUUUCAAUGACUUCCAACGGUGAUCAUUUACGUUACAUUGAAGGAUUUGCAUUCAACUCUUCAAGUCUUAAAAAGUUGUACUUUGGACAAAAUCGAUACAGAUUUGAAAAGGUCUCUUGGCUAUAUGGGAAGUUGUUUCAUUCCUUACCGAACCUCUUGUUGCUUGAUCUCACAGGAAAUUUCUUACCUUCGGAUUCCCAAUCUCUUCGGGAAUUGUUUACACCAUUGGUUAAGUUAGAGAAGCUUAUAUUACAUAACACAGCCUUAAAAGCACUUCCUCGCAACGUCUUUCAGCAAAUGCCUAAUUUGAGAUCUUUGAUCCUUAUCGGGAACUACAUAAGUGGUUGGAACGACGACCCUGAAGUGUUUGGUAAUGUAACAUCACUACGAAGCUUAUACCUUGACGGAAAUAACAUAAAAGUCGUAAAUAAGACGUCAUUUCAGGAAAGUUUCCUAAAUUCGUUAGAUAAAUUUUGUAUCACUGAUAACCCCUUUUCAUGCACGUGCGAUUUGAUGUGGUUCCUUGACUGGAUGAAGUCCACAAAACAUACGGAAAUUGUCAACUAUCCUCGGAGAUAUACUUGUAGAUUUCCUCCUGAAAUGAACAACGUGCUGUUGAAGAAUUACAAUCCUACUGUGGAAACGUGUUCACGUUUGAAUUUUCCACUCAUCAGAAACAUCUGUAUCGCUGUCAUUCUUAUCGCUAUAUCACUCGCCUAUAAAUUUCGUUUCCGACUAAACUACUGGCUUCACAUUCUUGGAAUAAAGAGAGUUGGUUACAAACGAAUUAAGGAUGACCGGGACUACGAAUACGAUGCUUUCGUUAUCUAUUCAAAUGACAACAGGGACUUUAUUUUCGAUCACAUGAUCCCAGAAUUGGAGGAGAAAGCUGGUUGUAGGCUAUGCGUACAUGAAAGAGAUUUCGAGGUAGGGCGGUUCAUUCUGGACAAUAUAACGAGAAAAUUUGAGGUCAGUAAAAACAUCAUUCUUGUCUUGUCCAGAGAUUUCCUAAAUAGCGAAUGGUGUAAGUUCGAACUUGUGUUGACUCAGUCGAAAACUGCAUUGGAGGGCCCCGGGGUGUUAACGGUGAUAUUACUUGAGGAACUAGACACUGCUGUAUUACCUUCCUCUGUUCGGGCUAUCCUGGACACCGUCACAUACACUGAAUGGUCGCAAGAGAACGUUAGGCAGAGCAGAAUAUGGGCCAAAGUGAUAACUGCAUUGAAUACAAACGGUUUAAGUGGUGAAGCUCACUGA